GUCGUCUCAUACCCAAAUCCUAAUGCGCCUCCUGACGGACGGUACAAUGUCCCCUACAACAAUGACAUGCCACCCGUUAUCCUUCCAAAGGAGGUGAUUAUGCGGCCGUUCGGACUCGAGCACAACAUGAAUCAUCACACUUUCACAUUUAACCUCCGAUCUGAAAUUAUUCAACAAUUACAAUCGCCUUUCAUUGAUAUUCAACUGAAGAGUUUCCACAAAGAUGACAAGAAAAUGGCCACACAAUGGCCUCCAAAACAAUCGCCAAAUGGUCAGUCUAUGCCCGGCGCUCCGCCAGAAUGCAGCAUUCAGGUAAAAAAAUCAUUUUCUGAGAUUUUUGCUCCAUAA